GGCUCGCGUCCUCAGCUCCCGCUCCCUCCCCUUCCCCGGGGUGGGCGCGCGCGGGCCGGGAGCUGGGAGGCGGCGGCUCCCGCCCCGGGAGGCGGUGGCGAGGGCGGCGGCUGCGCGGCCGGGCGGGUCCCGGGACCGCGGUUCUCCAGCGCAGGAGUCACCGGCGCGCCGACUGCUCUCGCCCCGCAGCCGCUGCCCGAGCAGCCGGAGUAGCCACCAGCUGUGUCCGCGGAGAUCCCGGUCGCAGAGGGGAGGGGUCGCCCGCUCGUCGUCCCCGCCGUACCCCGGGCACCGCGUAGCACCUGAGAGCCACCCGGACGCGGGGCCCUGGGGAGCGGCUGAGGUCGAAGACCUGAGGGAAGGAGGAGCCCGCGGACGGCUGCAGCCCCAGGCUGUAUUUUCUGUGAGUCCUGAUCAAGUGACACAAAUGAGCUGCAAUGGUGACAUAAACUCUUGACUGAGAUUGGGAAAGUAGCUGGAACACCAUCUUUUCUUUUAACUUUUUAUGGUGCUUCUAUUGGCAUAGUUGGGGAAAGUACCUACAACAUGAGUUUUAUCAUGAAGCUUCACAGGCACUUUCAAAGAACAGUCAUUCUGCUUGCCACUUUUUGUAUGGUGAGCAUUAUCAUUUCUGCUUACUAUCUGUACAGUGGCUACAAACAGGAAAAUGAACUCUCUGAGACGGCUUCAGAAGUUGACUGUGGCGACCUCCAGCACCUACCAUAUCGGCUCAUGGAAGUGAAAGCAAUGAAGCUUUUUGAUGCCUCAAGGACAGAUCCCACAGUCCUAGUAUUUGUAGAGAGCCAGUACUCAUCUCUUGGUCAAGACAUCAUUAUGAUUCUAGAAUCAAGUAGAUUCCAGUAUCACAUUGAAAUUGCCCCUGGAAAGGGAGAUCUCCCAGCGCUUAUAGACAAAAUGAAAGGCAAAUACAUUCUCAUUAUUUAUGAGAAUAUUUUAAAGUAUAUAAAUAUGGAUGCCUGGAAUCGAAGCCUUCUAGAUAAAUACUGUGUAGAAUACGGUGUGGGUGUCAUUGGAUUCCACAAAACUAGUGAGAAGAGUGUACAGAGCUUUCAGUUAAAAGGUUUCCCUUUUUCCAUAUAUGGAAAUCUUGCAGUAAAAGAUUGUUGUAUUAAUCCUCAUUCUCCAUUGCUUCGUGUGACCAAAUCUUCCAAGCUUGAUAAAGGUUCUUUACCUGGAACUGACUGGACAGUUUUUCAGAUCAAUCAUUCAGCCUACCAACCGGUAAUAUUUGCCAAAGUAAAGACCCCAGAAAACCUUUCUCCUUCCAUCUCUAAAGGUGCUUUUUAUGCCACUAUCAUACAUGACCUGGGGCUUCACGAUGGAAUUCAAAGGGUUCUUUUUGGCAACAACUUGAACUUUUGGCUGCAUAAGCUCAUCUUCAUAGAUGCCAUCUCCUUCUUAUCAGGGAAGAGACUGACAUUGUCCUUGGACAGGUACAUUCUUGUGGAUAUUGAUGAUAUAUUUGUGGGAAAAGAGGGAACAAGAAUGAACACCAAUGAUGUAAAGGCCCUGCUUGAUACUCAGAAUCUUUUGCGUGCACAAAUCACAAAUUUUACAUUCAACCUGGGAUUUUCAGGGAAAUUUUACCAUACAGGAACUGAAGAGGAAGAUGAAGGGGAUGACUGUCUGUUGGGGUCUGUGGAUGAGUUCUGGUGGUUUCCUCACAUGUGGAGCCAUAUGCAGCCCCACCUCUUCCACAACGAGUCAUCUUUGGUGGAGCAGAUGAUUCUCAACAAAAAAUUUGCCUUAGAGCACGGCAUUCCGACGGACAUGGGCUACGCUGUGGCCCCUCACCAUUCAGGCGUCUACCCUGUACAUGUUCAGCUUUACGAGGCAUGGAAGAAGGUCUGGAAUAUUAAAAUCACCAGCACUGAAGAAUAUCCACAUCUGAAACCAGCUAGAUACCGGAGGGGUUUUAUCCACAAAAACAUCAUGGUUCUCCCAAGACAAACCUGUGGGCUUUUCACUCACACCAUUUUCUACAAAGAAUAUCCAGGGGGUCCUAAAGAGCUGGAUAAGAGUAUCCAAGGAGGAGAACUUUUCUUCACUGUCGUCCUCAACCCUAUCAGCAUUUUCAUGACACAUUUGUCCAACUAUGGGAAUGACCGACUGGGAUUAUAUACAUUUGUUAAUCUGGCCAACUUUGUGAAGAGCUGGACCAACCUGCGACUUCAGACUCUGCCUCCAGUACAACUGGCCCACAAGUAUUUUGAGCUAUUUCCUGAUCAGAAAGACCCUCUCUGGCAGAAUCCUUGCGAUGACAAACGCCACAGAGACAUUUGGUCUAAAGAAAAAACUUGCGAUCGCUUACCAAAAUUCUUGGUAAUAGGACCCCAGAAAACUGGUACCACUGCUUUGUAUUUGUUCCUGGUUAUGCAUCCUUCCAUCCUUAGUAACUCCCCCAGCCCAAAAACCUUUGAGGAGGUACAGUUCUUUAAUAGAAAUAACUACCACAGGGGGAUUGAUUGGUAUAUGGAUUUCUUCCCAGUACCAUCUAAUGUCACCACUGACUUUUUGUUUGAGAAGAGUGCCAAUUACUUCCACUCAGAGGAAGCCCCUAAAAGAGCUGCUUCUCUGGUUCCCAAAGCCAAGAUUAUCACCAUUCUCAUUGACCCUUCAGAUCGAGCAUACUCCUGGUACCAGCAUCAACGAUCACAUGAAGACCCUGCAGCUCUGAAGUUUAGCUUCUACGAAGUGAUCUCAGCAGGGCCCCGUGCACCCUUGGAGCUCAGAGCCUUACAGAAGAGAUGUUUGGUCCCAGGGUGGUAUGCCAGCCACAUUGAGAGAUGGCUUGUUUAUUUCCCUCCAUUUCAGUUGCUAAUUAUUGAUGGGCAACAAUUAAGAACUGAUCCUGCUACAGUGAUGGAUGAAGUACAGAAGUUUCUAGGAGUCUCGCCUCAUUAUAAUUACUCAGAAGCUUUAACGUUUGAUUCUCACAAAGGUUUCUGGUGUCAGUUACUGGAAGAAGGUAAAACAAAAUGCCUUGGAAAGAGCAAAGGAAGAAAAUACCCUCCAAUGGACUCUGAUAGCAGGACAUUUCUGUCAAGCUACUAUCGAGAUCACAAUGUGGAACUCUCAAAGCUGCUGCACAAACUGGGUCAGCCUCUGCCAUCCUGGCUGAGACAGGAGCUGCAGAAAGUAAGAUAGCACUGAGAGAAAACUCGAGACUUCAUCGUCCAUGUAGAACACACCUUUUCCAAAGCUUCCAGAAGCUACCAAAAGGCAGUUGAAAAAUAUACCUCUUCAAAUGAGAACAAAGAACAAAGUUUCUUCCAUGUGCUGGCAUGUGGAUGAUAAGAAAAAAAGAAAAAGUAUGUGUUAAAGCCUUGAGGCCUGUGGCCUUUCUCUUAACUCAUAUCUGAGCCUGUGGGAUUACUGUAGACUACUGUGCACUCAUGUGGAAGUCAAUUGCAACCAACAUAAAUAUCAAACACAAAUGCAGAACUGUUCCAUUUCAUAGUAAUAUUUACACUUUUAUAUAUCAACUAAGAUUGUGUCUCUGUAGGUUUUUAGACCACUGUUUGCCUGUACAAUGUUUUCUUAUUCUUUUAUUCUAUAAACUGUCCUAUGAAACAAGAAGCAAAAUAAACUUCACAAUGUAGCAUAAAAUGUCAAAAGCAUAACACCCAUGAAAAAUGCUUGCCAAAAUUUAAAUUCACUUAAGUAUUUAGAAAUAAUUGUAAAUUAUAAUUUGUGCUAGAUCAGAGUGGAAACGUAAUAUAUGAGCUUUAUCUGCACCAAAAAAAAGAUAAGUGCUAUAGCAAAAGUGAUGUUUUCAUAUACAUGGUCUAGUGAAUAUAUGUAAAAAUUACUAACUCUUCCAUCACAGCAUAUUGUUAUACUGAAAUAUAUACUGUAAAGCUGUUGGGUGGUAAAUAGAAACACACUGAGUACACCAAAACAGUAAAUAACGAGGUAAAGUGUACUGACUGAAUCCUCUGAAGGGGAGAAAUUAUAGAGGUCUAAAGACAUAUCAUUGAUAUUUCUAUGUCCACUUGCUAUAAGCUGUGAAUCGAUCCCAGUAGUCCUCACUAGUGCUACAGAAAUGCAUGCCUAGAGUCUGAGGUAUGUGUCAUCUCCAGAAACAGGUUGACUUUUAAAUAUGAAUAACUUUUAUUUAAUGCUCCCCAAAACAAAACCUAUUAAAUGAAAACUAAAAACAGUUUCCCUAGAUGAUGUGAUUAGGCUAUUUACAUUUAGGUUAUCAAAAAGAUUGCAUUUUCCCAGAUAGUUCAAAAUAAAAUUAUGUAACGUAAAGAUUUACAACAAAAAACAAAUUAAUAUAUUAUUUGCAAUCUAAUAUCUGCAGUGAUACUUUUGAUAUAAGGCAAAGAAACAUAAGCAGAGCAGAGUCCCAUUUUUGAAAAUAUUUCACCCAUCACUCUGGUGGAAGAUAACAGUUCAUAGGUACAAUUAAGGAUUAGCUACUAAAUUAAAUGCAGGAAGUACAAAGAUGAGCAAGUUAUGCUCUUGAAAUAUAUUUACAUUUAAAUUGUAAAUGAUAUACAUGGUUAAUAAAGUUUUCAAAAAAGAAAAGAAUACAUCAUACUUAUUGUCCUGUUAACAUUUACUUAAUUUUUUUUUUGAGGCGGGGACAGAGUUACACUUUGUCACCCAAGUUGGAGUGCAAU